AUGUUGUUGCUCCGUCUGGGCGGCAGGCCCACCCCCAGCACGGCCAGGGCCUGGCCCCCAGCCCUUCCUGGGGCCUCGUACGCGGGGCCCUCGGAGCUUGGGCCCAGCGGGCGGCGGGUCUCUCCGCAGGCUGCAGGGGCCGCGGGGACAGCGCUCCACCGCCGGCCUGGUCGGGGUGCCCCUCUCCCUGGGCACCCAGCGGGCGGCGAGGCCAGCCUUUCACCGCCCCCUCCGCGGGCCCCCCGCAGACCCCGCCUGCGCUCCGGCGCACACAGCAGGGGCCGAGCCAAAGAGCGGCGGAGACGGCCGCGCUGCGGGCUCACUGGGCUGAGUCCCGGGCCACUGCUGCCCGGCGGAAGAAGCCCCUUUUCUUCCCGCGACCGCGACCGGCUGUCGAUGCGGGGCGGUGGAGGGGGGCGCCCUCGUCCCCCGCCCCGCCCGCACCGGAGCGCCCUGCGGACCCUGGGGCCGCCCCAGCUAGUGCACGCAGUCCUGCUCUGCGCCCCGCGCCCCUCCGCCCCCCGCGCCCCUCCGCCCCCCGCGCCGCUCCAUUCCCUCCGCAACCCCGCAGCCCCCCGCUCCCCUCCAAUCCCCCCGCACCCCUCCGCCCCACCCCAACCCCGCCGCGCCCCUCCGUCCCCGCGCCCCUCUAAUGCCCCUGCACCCCUCCGUCCCCGCGCCCCUCUAAUGCCCCGCGCCCCUCCGUCCCCGCGCCCCUCUAAUGCCCCGCGCCGUCCUCUGCCCAGUGCGCCCCGCGCGGGCCAUUCGGCAGGUCACGAGCGCCCUCUGCUGCCGGGCUGA